CUUACGAGGCACCCCUUGAAGGGCGCAUUUUUCCAAGGAACAGGGGUAAAGAAAAAGUCCUUUUAAAGCGGUAACACACGCACACUCAGUCCGUUAUUUUUGCGUUUUUGAAGUUGAUUUCUACAUUAUGAACUUCUCUCUAAAACAGGAGUCCUGUUUUUCUGUGCAAGGUAACAAGCUCUGGUAAUCCCGUUUAACUCUCUAAAUAGGCUAUAAAAAGAUAACCAGCGGUUUAUUAGUGCGCUAAAAUGCCUACUGAACUAAAGCAGAGGAGGAAGACGCAGGCACAGAAGCAAAGCGAUGAACCAUCAGAAGGCUCAAACGGGAAAGAAGAAACGCAGAAAGUGAAGACUGAAGCAGGAGACAAGACGGGAGCGAGCAAAACGUCCUCGGGCCUGGACAUUAGAAGUGUAAUGUGUUUGUUGUCGCUCGCAGCUUGUGGGGCUCUGAGCUGGUUGGUGCUGCAGCAGAAUGAGAAGUUUUCCCAGAUUGAGGAAAAAUACAGAUCUCUACACGGAAAAACCUCCAGUCUGUUCGACAUGGAGGAGGAGAUUGUCAGAGUUUCCAAAAAGUGUGAGAGCGUGCAGCUGAUGCUAGAGAGUCUCGGGGGUCAGCGUGGGGCUCUGAAGUCUCAGCUGGAGGGUUUGGAGCAGGAUGUAGCUCGGCUUAAGGAGUGGGCUACUGGCUUGACUGAGAAGAGGGCUCAGCUUCAGAGCAGCCUGACUUCACUGAGAGAAGCUGUGGGUCAGAUCGAAGGACGGACAUCGACCAUCACAAAGGACUUCACCAGCAAGGUGUCGUCAGUGAGGACAGAUGUGCGCAGGAUGGAUGGCCUGCACUCUGAGGUGGAGUCUCUGCUGACUCAGGUGGGCGAGCUUGAAGACCAGGCUGCUCAGGUGGAGCACAGCAUGGUGAAACGCAUCGGGGAUGUGCUGGCCAGCAGCAUCGAUCGGGUUUCCAACCUCCGAUCCGCAUCUGAACGCAAUUCUCAGGCCAUAGAGCAGCUCCGCAGACGCAUCCCUGAACUCGCCAACGCCGACAAGGAGAUCUCCGAGCGCUUGGUGGAGCUAGAGAGCGGCCGGGCUCGCCUGAUAAGAACGGUGACCUUCGCCAGCGACCUUAAACCAAAGGUGGCUAAUAUUAGGAGAGACUUUGGCGCGUUUGAGCCCCAGGUGUCAGACCUGACUCUUCGGAUAGGACGAUUAGCAAAAGAUCUCAUGGAAAGAGAGAGAGAGAUCGCUGAGCUUCGACAGACAUUAAGUAACCUCACUGCAGUCGAGGGAGAUUUGAGCGUUACAAGUAAACAGGUCAAUGAGAUAGCUGAUAUAACAGAUAUUGGAGAGAUACACAAGCCAACAUGAAAAACAAACCGAGACCGGCUUCUGUUCAUCGGUUUCGCCCGAUUACCUGUCAUACUGCUGUUUUAGAACAAGAACAAAUACCGAAAUAAAUCUGUUUUUUAUUACGAAUAAAAUAAAUGUGAGCAUCUGAACAUCCUUGAAGCACAUUGUCCUAGCAACUACUAUGAUCCGAGUCUGUCAGCUUUUCUAAAUGGGGUAAUAUGAUCUGGACCUCGAGGAUGAAGAUUUGAUUGCAUUAUUGUUUUUCUUUGCCUGGCUCCAUCUAAAUAUGUCAGUUUCAUUACUUACCAGGUCAAGAAUCCCCAGUAAAACAAAUACAACUGCGUUAAAAGUUUGCUGGCUUUGCCCCAGCAGAAGUUUCCCUUUCACAGCUCUCUUUUUUACCUGCACAGUUCUCUCACACAUUUCCAUCGGGUUUCAUGCCAUGUGCGACGCCUCCUCCUCCACCUUAUAUAAUCUCCCUGAUAUUAUUCAGUAUGGGCCACAUAAUGCUAGCUUUAGGGGAUACAGUAGCUUGACAUUUUGAGGAAUGUGCCUAUUCUCGUUCCAGCAGAGCUCUGCAGAAUCUCUCUCAUGUCUGCAGGGUAAAUGUGAAUUACUGAGUUAUAGCUCCAGUUAUGGUUCUGACCAGCCCUGGCACAAUCACCGAUUGCAAGUAGCCACGACAAUAAAACCACCUGCCACAUAUUGUUUAGAUCCCCCUCUUCAAACCAGAAAAGCUCUGACUUGUCAAAGCUAGACAAAGGACCUCUGUGGGACCCCUGGCUCCAGUGACCUGCAGGAUGCUCGUUCGGUUUAUCUCACAGAUGCUCGAUCAGUUAAAGUUCUGUGGAACUCGGAGGCCUUAGAAGCUGUGUCAUUCUUCUCUAUGCAUUUAUUUGCGCUUUCUCUUUAUAGUUUUAACUGUCAAUCAACUAAUAAUUGCUACAGUUUUUAACCCUCUCCAGUCCAGCCUCCCA